AUGAUGGAUACCGUAACAGAAGACUGUUGCUGGAUAAGGCUUAAAUUAAGAUAAGUAAUGGAAGUUAUGAGCAGGAUGUAUACUCUGCUGUCUGGACUCUAUAAAUACAUGUUCCAGAGGGAUGAGUACUGCAUCUUGAUCCUUGGUUUGGACAAUGCUGGUAAAACUACCUUUCUUGAACAAACUAAAACUCGAUUUAACAAGAACUACAAAGGGAUGAGUUUGUCCAAAAUCACAACCACUGUAGGCUUAAACAUUGGUACUAUUGAUGUUGGCAAAACUCGGCUAAUGUUCUGGGAUCUUGGUGGACAGGAGGAACUACAGUCUCUUUGGGACAAGUAUUAUGCUGAAUCUCAUGGAGUGAUCUAUGUUAUUGACUCCACUGACAAGGAGAGGCUCUCAGAAUCUAAAAGAGCUUUUGAGAAGAUGAUUACCAGCGAAGCUCUGGAAGGAGUUCCCAUUCUGGUGUUAGCUAACAAGCAGGAUGUAGAGACUUGUCUGUCAAUACCUGACAUCAAGACAGCAUUUAGUGACUGCAUUAAUAAAAUUGGGAAGAGAGACUGCCUGACACAAGCCUGCUCGGCUCUUACUGGCAAAGGAGUGAACGAGGGAAUUGAAUGGAUGGUGAAGUGUGUGGUGAGGAAUAUUCACCGGCCCCCAAGAAAGAAGGACAUCACGUAAGAAAUUCCAAGUCAGCCAAGGAACAGACAAUCUUUUUCCACACAGUUUUGUGUUCUCUUUAAAGAAGGUGGUCCACUGGAUUCCUAUUACACCUGAUUCUUUCC